AUGCCGGAACAUUCGACGGCCGUUGACAUGUGGGCUGUUGGUUGCAUAUUUGCUGAAAUGAUUCUAAGGAGAGAGUUGUUCCCUGGCCGCAGUGUGAGCGGUCAAAUAAAAAUCAUUCUUACAAUGUUGGGAGCCCCGUCGCAAAAGAUUCUGGACGAGAUUCGCUGUGAACGUACGCGACGACUUAUCGAGAACUUCGGAGACCACGCUCAGAGGCCAUGGGCAGAAAUAAUGUACUGCAGAGAAAGAGAGGUGAUAAAAUUUCUAAUAUUUGUGUGCACUUGA